UCAAUCUCAGAGAAACAUGAAACCAAUGUCCACCACGCGUCGGCGGACGAUCGUCCAUCCGACCAGCUGUUCCGGUCGAGCCAUCGAAGAUUGGAGCGCGCCGUUCUAUUGGAUCCAUCACUAGGGUCCCCACAAUUUUACGGGGAUAUCCACGACGUGUUUCCCGGCUUUGGUGUUUUGGCCUUGCUACGUGAUCUUGUUCUUUGUUGUUUCCUGGUGCAUUUUACCGAUCAUCCUCGACCGCGGACCGCGGACCGCGCGGCCAGCGUCGAAGACGAAGAAAGAAGACAGUUGCGACUACCUUCGGGACAACGAGUUCCCAUUUGCCUUUCCCGGGGAGACGUAGAGUUUGGGAGGAAGCGGAGGUGCGGAGUCAUCCCUCCUUUUUGUCGUGAGCGAACUCCUCGCUGUCUACUUUUAGUAGCCCCUCCCUCCUCUUCGGUUUCGGAGUUCUAGGGCUUCGAAGGGAGUUCAAGGAGCUGUAGUUCGAAGCAGAAGAUCUGGCUUCCGACAGGGAUUGCUCGUUCACCAUUUAAUUUGCGUUGCAGCAGUCGCUGUCUUGGAAUCUCCACGCAUUCAUGGAGACGUAGUUUAAAGCAGAUCUGGGUUCUGAUGACAUUUCAUUACUGUCAGACUGCAGGCAGCAUAUGUGAUAUAUCUGACAGCUGUGACACGUGCAACAAGUUGAUAUGAACUGUUCCUGUUUUGAUGCUUUACUGUCCAGGAAAAAACUUCGUCAACAUUCUGAGCAAGAACUAGCCGGGUUUUCAUCUGACAAAAAAAUAAAGAUUUUCUCCUACAGUGAUCUGAGUUCAGCAACAGAUAAUUUUUGUCCGGACAAAAGGAUAGGUCGGGGUGGUUUUGGAACAGUAUACAAGGGCACUCUAAGGAAUGGAGUAACAGUUGCAAUAAAGGUGCUAUCUGCAGAAUCCAAGCAAGGAGUGAAGGAAUUCUUGACUGAGAUUGAUACAAUUGCAAAUGUUGGGCACCCAAACCUUGUUGAGCUUAUAGGUUGCUGUGUCCAAGAUAGCAGCCGCAUUUUAGUGUAUGAGCAUAUGGAGAAUGGUAGUCUUGAUCGCACUUUGCUAGGUAUGAAUAUUGACAAGUCUACCAAGCUGAGUUGGAAUAUCAGAUCUGCAAUUUGUAUAGGCACUGCUAGAGGUCUUGCUUUUCUUCACGAAGAUCUUGAACCUCCUAUCGUGCACAGAGACAUCAAAGCUAGCAAUAUUCUUCUUGACAGUAAUUUUGACCCAAAAAUUGGUGAUUUUGGUUUGGCAAAGCUUUUUCCUGAUAAUGUUACUCAUAUCAGCACACGUGUAGCUGGAACAACUGGUUAUUUGGCACCUGAGUAUGCCUUGCAGGGCCAGUUAACUAAGAAGGCUGAUGUGUAUAGCUUUGGGGUCCUUGUUAUUGAAAUAAUUAGUGGCAGAAGUAUUUCAAAGUCAUACUUGUCAGGCGUGAAUCAGUUUCUCUUAGAGCGGACAUGGCAGCUUUUUCAGGAGGGAAGGCUUAAAGAACUGAUAGAUCCGGUGCUGCAAGAAUAUCCAGAAGAACAAGUUCUGAAGUUUAUUAAGGUAGCCCUCUUCUGCACCCAAGCAGUAGCUGUACGGCGACCUUCGAUGACACAGGUUGUACAUAUGCUGUCCCAGCCCAUCAGACUCAAUGAGAAGGAAUUGACACCCCCAGGCUAUGUGGAAGGCUCUUCCAGCACGAGAAAAGCUUCUGAAGGAACAAUCUCCAGCAGCACCCAGUUUAAGGGAUCGACCACCAUCGACUCCGCUGCUCAAUUCACAUUGAGUCCUAUUACUUUUACACAAUUGGUUCCAAGGUGAACUUUGCCCUGCCCAAAGAUGAUCACAUUCCCACACUGCAAGCGGCAAAUCGGUGUGAGUCUUUCUUUUUUUGGUUAUAAAUUAGGAAGAAAUUUUAAUUACAACAAGAUUGUUCACAAACUGAGACCUAGAAACAAUAGGUAGUGAGUCGUGCUAUAUGCUACAAUUAUUUGGUUUGACCAUACCAUUAGUUCUGUAUUAUGUUGUGCAAACGGUAUUAAUUUGUCUUUUGAAUAAAAUUGUGUGUUUUAUCUUUUUAA